AUGCUGAUUGGUAAACGUCCGGUUGAGUUCACUCAGCGACAGUGGACAGAGAAGAAGCAACGUUUGGUUGUCGCGAAAGUCGAUUUGUCGUCACCACUGUGGCGGAACAAUGAGACACAUCAUCUGGUAACGAGGUGCAUUGUUCGGGUGGACAACGAGGUGUUGUGGCGGAAGAGGAAGAAAGGAGGACGCGACAAGACGAGGUCGACGAGGAAGAAGAGGACAAAAGGGAGGAUUCGCCUAUUUGUCAGCAAAGGUUUCUAG